CAUGCUGGGAAAACCACCCAUCCUGGUCUCUAUCCUAGGUCCAAAGUCUACCUUAAGCCCAAGGCACUGAGAACAACUGGAGGCGUCACACCACUGGGCUCCAUUGCCCUCUCUCAGGGGGUUGGGGCCCAUCUGAAGUCGCAAAAGCAAUGGCAAGCAAAGAGGAUGGACUGCGGAGCUGUGCUGUAUGCGGGGACAGGGCCACUGGCUAUCACUUCCACGCCCUGACCUGUGAGGGCUGCAAAGGUUUCUUCAGGCGAACUGUCAAGAAGGGCAUGGGACUCACCUGUCCUUUCGAACAAUGCUGUGAGGUCAGCAAAAACCAGCGGCGCCACUGCCCAGCUUGUAGGCUACAGAAAUGCUUUGAUGCAGGCAUGAGGAAGGACAUGAUCCUGUCAGCAGAAGUCCUGGCACAGAGGAGGGCAAAGCAGGCACAAAAGCGGGCAGAGCAGGAACCUGUGCAGCUGAAUCAGAAGCAGAAGGCAUUAGUCCAAUUGUUACUAGGGGCUCAUGCCCGCCAUGUGGGCACCAUAUUUGACCAGUUUGUGCAGUUCAGGCCGCCAGCCCAUCUGUUCACACGCCACCAGCCUACGCCCCCUCUGCCACCUGCGCUGCCGUUGCUCAUACACCUAGCGGACAUCAGCACUUUCAUGGUGCAGCAAGUGAUCAAGUUCACCAAGGACCUGCCCCAUUUCCGGUCUCUGCCCAUGGAAGAUCAGAUAUCCCUACUAAAGGGCGCAGCCCCGGAAAUCUGUCACAUCGAGCUCAACACCACCUUCUGCCCCCACAGCCACACUUUCCUGUGUGGGCCUCUCCGCUAUACCCUCCAGGAUAUAGCUCAUGUGGGGUUCCAGGAGCAGUUUCUGGCAGCGAUGUUUCGUUUCCAUGUGACGCUGAGGCGACUGCAGCUGCAGGAGCCCGAGUAUGCGCUUAUGGCAGCCUUGGCCCUCUUCUCUCCAGAACUACCAAAUUAUUACUCUACAGAUCUACACACCUCUGCUAAAAACAUUCUUCAGCAACAUCAACAUCAUGUUGCUUCUAGAAUAAACCACAAACUCCUCAGCUUCAGGAGUUCAAGGGCCUCGAUCUGUUCCCCUCACCUUCCUUUCCAGACAUAUUUCAUGUUACUAAUGUUUCACGGACUCUCCAUCUCCAGGCCCUUGCACUGAAUGUCCCCUCAAGCCUGGAAUGCAUGCUCCUCACACACUUCCCUCAAAAGAAAGUGUGGGGUAACAAAAAGAGCAGUGAUUGGGUUUGGAGCGAGCAAAACCCAAAUUCAAAUCCUGCCUUGAACCCUUACUGUCACCCGAGGGGAAUGCCACGCCCUCUGAAAAAGAGGGGUUCACCCCUCUAGUACUUCGCUCCCAGGGCUGUUCUGAGCAUUACAUGAGGAAAAGGUUGCAAAGCUCUAGGGAAAUGUUUUCUUUCAAGCCCUAGCUUUGGGAAGACUUCCUGUGCUUAGCCUUUCUUAAGUCCUCCAUGUUAUUGCUCUCUCCUCUCCUGGAAUUACUUUGCAUUUACUUGUCUGCAUAUAUGUUUUAUCUCCACAAUAAAACGUAAACUCUUUGAGGCUUGAAA